AUGUUUGUAAGGGACCAAAAAAUGGAAAACAACACAUCCAUUUUUUUUCUUUUGCAAUUUUCAAACAUUUGGGAGCUACAGAUUAUAUACAUAACUUUAUUACUAAUAUUAUAUUUGAUGACAGUAACAGGGAACCUUGUCAUCAUCUCUGCUAUUGCUUUUGACUACCAUCUUCAUACUCCUAUGUACUUCUUCCUAAUGAAUUUAGCCAUGCAAGACAUUGGUUCUGUUUCAGUCAUCAUCCCCAAAGCUGUUUUUAAUUCUGUUACAAAUACAAGGCAUAUUUCUUACUCAGGGUGUGUUGCUCAAGUUCUCUUGUUCGUCUUCUUCCUGGGCUCUGAUAUUGCCUUGCUCACUGUCAUGGCAUAUGAUAGGUAUGUUGCCAUUUGCAAUCCUUUACAAUAUGAAAUGAUAAUGAAUAGGAAGGCCUGCACCAAAAUGAUCGGCAGUGUGUGGAUUGCCUCUUUCCUCAAUGCUACAUUGCACACUACUGAAACGUUUUCUAUUCCUUUCUGCUCUAAUAUUGUCAAUCAAUUUUACUGUGAAAUUCCUCAUUUGCUUAAGAUUGCCUGCUCUAGUUUAUAUGUAACUGAAACUGGAGUAGUAGCAUUUAGUGCUGUAUUGUCAGCUGGUAGUUUUGCUUUUAUAAUAGUUACUUAUGUAGAAAUAUUUUCUGCUGUUUUGAGAAUUCCUUCUGUUCAAGGAAGGAAAAAGGCCUUCUCCACUUGUGUACCACACCUUAGUGUCUUCUCUAUAUUUUUGUUUACUGUUUCCUUUGCUUAUCUAAGACCUACUUCCAAUAGACCAUCAAACCUUGAUUUCAUAAUUACAUUAAUUUAUUCCAUACUUCCACCCAUGCUGAAUCCAUUAAUUUACAGCAUGAGAAACAAGGACAUUAAAGCUACUCUUUCAAAACUUCUUAGGCUGUGGUCAUUUGGUCAUUUGUGA